UGUAUGACUGAACUUGGUUGGGUUGUAACGCCGCAAGCCACCGUUGGCUCCCAUAAGUUGUUCUGAAGCGCUGUGAUGCGCGCACGUCGCGUCUCCAACGAUACUAUAUAUGAAUUAUUGUGUCUAUAUAUUGAUUGUUUACUAAUAAACUAAAGUGAAGUGUUUAUUUACAACCAGAAUUCAUCUAUUAGGAUUUUUACGACGCGACAAGUAUGUGACGCCACAGGGUGUGGACAGUAAAGCCAGGCCAGUGCUACUCUCGAGCCCUGCGGAGUCAGGAUGCAUACAAUGGACACGUUGAACUACGGCCAUAAGAAGUAUCGUCCACCAUUGUCACCCACCAACUUCUACCAACAUGAUUUCUACUCAAGACACUCGACCUUGCGUCCACAGAGUGAAUAUCGCUUCGCAGGCGGAGGGUACCCCAGGGUGGGUAGCGGUGGUGGUAGUAAAAGUGGGGGAUUCUGUUCUGCCGCACUUAUCGGUGGUGCUUUGCUAGCAGCGGUCGCAGUGUUGGCUGUUGCAGCACUGGCCUUCUAUAUGGGAGCCCUGAAACCUGAUAAUGGAGAGCCAAUCAUGACAUUCGAGGGUACUCUAAGAGUUACGAGGGGCGAUGUGUAUGGUGGAGCUCCCGGGAGUCCGGCGUGGAAGGAGAGAGCUCGACGCUACGGUGUCUCCUUGAAGCAGGCUUACUCAGCACCGUCCAACCUGAGGCAGGCAUUUGCUGGAGUCAUCGUCACUGGUUUUGGAGAUAGACGUUUAGAUGUGCACUUCAGACUGUACCUUGACAGACGAAAAAUUCCAAGCACUGUAAAUAAUAUUGAAGAGUCAUUGAAGAAUAUCUUAUUACAAGAUCUGCAGUCUAAAAAUUCAGCUUUUGGACAAAUCAAAAUAGAUCCUAACAGUAUUAUAAUAAAACGAGACUUAGAACACACGUAUCAUUCUGAACAGUUUGUUAAAGAAGCUUUAAAUGAAAGUUUGACUAUAAGUCAAUCAAAAAUUACUCCAACGCAACUUGGAAAUGACAAGAUAACGCAGUCUAGAGUAGGAGUUGUACGAAAAACUACUGUUAAGCCACAAAACAAGAAAGACAAUAGAAAAGAUCCCGAUGAGCCUGAUAUUGAUACAGAAAAUAUUCCGGUUGUACAAGGCUCGUUUCAAAUUACUAAAACUGAAGCUGAUAUAACAGAAAAUAAACAAACAAAGCAUGAGGAUAAAAAUAAUAAUAAAAAUACAACGCCAAAAACACCAAAACCAAUAUUAACAUCAUCGACGAUAAAAUCAACCACGACAACAGUUAAGCCAUUCACUACAAGAAAAUCGAUUUUAUCUUCUCCGAAAAAUCGACCAUUUACAAUAAAAUCAUCAUUUAAUAUAAAGCCAAAGACUGACGUCACGCCAGCUGUUAAGGAAACCACAACAGACAAACAAUUACAAACAACGAAAAUACCCUUGACUACAGUGUCAGCAACAACAGCAUCAUCAAGUACACCGCUAGAAACAAGCACGAACAAUGUAUCUCAAAUAUUGUUUGAUCUCUUGACAAAUGAAAACCAAGAUAAAGAAAUUCCAAAAAUUGAUACAUUAUUUACAGUUCCCCAUGUGAUAGAUAAUGAGCCAUGGCGCCCUAUUACAAGGCCCUAUUAUGAAACCACCAGCAAAGUAUAUUUUCCGGAAGUUGAAUUAACUCAACAAAAUGCCAAGGACAGAAUAGGCGUGGCAGAAGUUGUUGAAGAUAUUUCUUCUUUAGAAAGUUUGUUACCACCAAUACCACCCGUAAAACACAGUGAUAAACCUCUAAAAAGACCCGGACUUUACAAUGUAGACUCUGACUUAGCAGCUGAUAUUUACGUAGCUAGUCCUAUAUAUACAAGCUUUACACUGCCGACUUUUGCACCUCCUUUAAAAGAUAUGGAAACCCUUGGUUCGAGCUAUCCUAAGCCCCAUCCUUUACCGGUGGAUAAAAUAAGCAGUGUGGUAGAAGAAAUGCCAGAAUCUAAAACAAGCGUGGAUGAUAAUGAUGGAAAGCCUAUGGAAAGACCACCAAAAGAUAAAACAACUUCGGUCGCGCUCAAUGUUAUCAAUUUCGAUCAACCUGAUAACAAUACAGAACAAAUUUCUAUUGAAGGAACUUCUAUUGUAAAAAAGCAGAAUAUAACCACUGAAACACCAACUACUACUGGAAAAGAUUCAACAAAAUAUACGACUACACCCGAAUAUCAAAUAAGUACACAUUACGUAAAUAUAUCUUCAACCACAAAAACGAAUAAUGAGCUUCGCCACACUGAACAUUCUACGAAACGACCUAAUAAUAAAGUUUCGUUAAUACCUUCUACUACCGCUCCAAUACAUACUUGGGAAUUGGUUAAUACAUCAACAAGUAACAAUGACAUAAAUAACAAAACAUUACCAGAUAAAUUUUAUAAUGAUACUCUGCAAGCUAUCAUAACCAAAAAUGAUGAAAUUCAGUCAAACACAACACCGAAGUUUCAAAGUAAAAUUUCAAUUCUUAAGAAUAUAACUGAAAUUAUAAAGAAAUUUACCAAUAAUGCGUCAGAGAAACAACUGGAUCCUAUAACAGAGAAUAAAAAAUUUGACUCUAUACAAAAAUCUAAUGCUAAACAUGAGGAAAUCGGUAGUAGGACUGGGACGGUGGAAGUUGUAUCAGAUGAAGAUCUGGAACUGACUACACCUUCUGUUAUCACAUUGUUACCAGCAAAGUCUAAUCUUGGUGUCAAUAGACCACUGAGACCGAGACCUAAAAUAGAAUUGCAAUCUCAAAAGGAAAAUAUACGUAGUUUUUCAAGUGACAAGCUAAAUGCUGAUUCCCAAGAAGAAGAUGAAGAAAAUAAUGCAGAAGCUUCGGAAAUAGUAACGAUGGCCACAGACAUACAUGGCUAUGAAUAUGAUGGUCAAAAUUUUUUUACGAGCGUAAGAGAUACAAUAAGAUUAGAUGAUACAAACGUGGGUCAUAGCGGUGUAAGAUAUCCAAAGUCUAAUGAACACUUUAAUGAAUUUAGAAAUUCACCCCUAAUUCAUAAAGUUGAUACACUAGACGGGCCAAUUCCUGAAGGCACGUACAGAGUCUCAUAUCAUGUGUCUGGUAGUGUUAGUAGUAAGCAAGCAAAUAAAACUCAAAGUUUACCGGCAUAUGAGUUACGACUAGAGCCCGAUAUAGUUUUAGAAAUACCUGGUAAUCAAUCCAACCCCCUCACUGUUGAUAAAUUAAAACAACUAGCAAGUCUUGCCACAAUAACUAAUUUAAAUAAUAAUAGUUUAUUCCGAUCCCCGGGUGGUGUAAUUUCAACAAAAGCUAUUCCGUCAACGUACACCUUGAAUCAAGCUGGAUUUAAAAUAUUAACUAAAACGUAUAAUAAAAUCAAGCCAUCGAAGCAGGAUCUCAACACGCUAGCUUAUUCAGAAAAGGAUUACAGCAAGCCGUUUUACGAAAAGCCUCAAAACGAAAACGAGAAUAUCACGAUUCUAAACGAUGAAUGUAACAAUUCAACGUCGUUUCGUUGCAAAUCUGGUACUUGUAUGCCGCUAACAUCUCGAUGUAAUCGAUUUCUUGAUUGUCCGGAUGGAGAAGAUGAGACUGCCUGUUCUUGUGCAGAUUAUUUACGGGCUGAAUUUUCACAAUCUAAAAUAUGUGAUGGUGUGGUGGACUGCUGGGACUACUCAGAUGAAAAAAAAUGUGAAUGGUGUGAAGAUGGCCAAUACGUAUGUGCAAAUGCUCAGCAGUGUAUAGAAAUGAAUAAAGUUUGUGAUGGCAAUCCUGACUGUCCCCUUGGUGAUGAUGAGAAAAGUUGCGUCGCUUUGGGUGACGAGAUGGAAGACAAUGAAGUCAUUCCAUACAAUGAAGAAGGUUUCGUGAUGGUGCGUAAGCGAGGGACAUGGGGAAGGCUCUGUGUUGAGAGCUUCGAUGAAGUAGUAGCUCAAGCCCACAGCUCAUUGAAAUUACAGGAUUUGGGAAGAGCCGUCUGCCGUGCAAUGACGUACCAAGAUUCUCCAUGGGUUCGCAUAGCUAGAGAAGGCAGGCAAGUAAGUUCGGUCGGAUACUGGGAGGUGUGGCAUAACGCGAAUGCCCGCGCGGCAGACACGCGCCUAACGUUCCGGAGGUCUAGCUGUCCCAGACACCGUGCGCUCAGGAUCAGAUGCCGGGACUUGGACUGUGGCAUUCGACCACAUGCCGACGUACAACAACCGAGCUCCCGGGCUGGUACUCACGAGCGCGUGCGCUGGGGCAGGGUGGUGGGAGGAGCAGGCGCCGCAGCCGGGGCCUGGCCGUGGCAGGCGGCUCUGUACCGCGACGGAGACUUCCAGUGCGGCGCCACGCUGAUCGCCGCGCAGUGGCUGCUCUCCGCCAGUCAUUGCUUCUACCAAGCUACCGAAGCGCACUGGGUGGCCCGGCUCGGGGCACUACGGCGAGGAGCCUGGCCGCGGGGCCCGUGGGAGCGCGUGGCCCGCGUGCGCCAGGUUGUGCUCCACCCGAAGUACGCGCCGCGCGGCUUCAGGAACGACAUCGCCCUGCUUCGCGUCGACCCCCUGCCGCUGCACGCGCGGCUCAGACCGGCUUGUCUACCAGAGCCACGCGUCCAGCCACCGGCAGGGCUACACUGUACCGUAGUGGGCUGGGGACAGCUCUAUGAACACGAGAGAGUCUUUCCGGACACUCUCCAAGAAGUGGAGCUGCCUGUGAUCUCGACAGCGGAGUGUCGUCGCCGAACCCGUCUGUUGCCGCUGUACCGAGUGACAGAGGACAUGUUCUGUGCUGGCUACGAGCGUGGAGGUCGAGAUGCUUGUCUCGGCGAUUCCGGCGGACCUCUCAUGUGCCAGGAAUCAGAUCGUUGGUACAUCUACGGCGUCACCAGCAACGGUUACGGCUGCGCUCGCGCGAAUCGGCCCGGCGUCUACACUAAAGUCUCCAACUACAUCGACUGGAUCGACAGUGUCAUUCAAACUUACACACCAGGCAUCAACGACACCGCUCCAGCCCCGGAUUACGAAUCCAACGAAGAUUUCUACGCUGACUUAGAGGCCGCUGAAAACAAUAGACCCACCACGAAGUACUUCGAUACGUGUAGAGGCUACAGGUGUCCAUUGGGCGAGUGUUUGCCAGCUUCUAGUGUCUGCAACGGCUUUCUAGAAUGUUCCGAUGGCAGCGACGAAUGGCAAUGCAAUCGCAACAACUCUUCGAAACUGAACACAGAUUGAUAAACGCCAGUAAAACUAGAUUAAUUUCGAACUGCGACUGAUAUUUUUAAGUAGAAAUUAUAGUUAGUCUAUGUUUAACAGAUUCUCACCUUUUACUGAUAUCCGGGCACUGUAUAUAUUAGUUAUUGCCCAGUCUAUUGUAAUGUUUGCGUAUUGCUUCUAUUCUUAUUUAUUGCUGGUCAUGGACAACCUUUUCCGUUCGAAUUGUAUUCAGUUCCAAUGGACGACGUCACCCAUGAAUUAAAUUACUUCAAUACAA